AAGUCGUUUGUUGAAGACAGACGUUAUCUUAAAAUGCGUUUUUAAAGUCAGUUUAACUUUUUUUUUUUUUGUAUCAGAAAUAAAUUAAUUUAAAAUUAAAAGCUGAAUGAUUAUGCUUCUUAGCAAGCAGAAAUCGUGCUGAGACUUCAAUGCGGCUCAAAGGAGGAUUGGGCUUUUUGAGCCACCAUGCGCCCACUAGAGGCAGAAAGUCAAGUCUCAUUGGAUUCAAUAGAGCUUACUUCUCAUGAAAGGAUAUUACUUUUUGAUAUACGAACAAAUAAACGAAGUUAUUUCCUUUUCGUUCAUUCCUACUCAUUUCUGUAAUGUUUACGCGGUUGCUGUGUCGAUCACGUGUUUCGUGAGGCUGACACGUGUUUUUAUCAUGGAGAUUCUGGGCAGCACUUUUGAUGAUUCUGUGUUUGAGGAGUCACGGAGCAGAGUCUCAGCUGCUCUGCCCACAUACGAGCCCAAACUCUGCGAACCUCUGUGGUUUUGUGCAGAUGUAAAUGUCGAGGAUGCAUUAGAAGAACAAAAAACGCUCAAGUUUCGAGGUGAUCUGGCCUACAGGAGGAAACAGUAUCAGGUGGCUCUGGAUGAGUAUGCGAACUGCCUCUCGCUGGUACCUGCUGGAAACACAUCAGUGAAGAGAGAUGUGCUAGAAGGGAUCGCACGAUGCUGCUGUCAUCUGGGGAAAAAAGAAGAGGCUCUAAAAGCCUGCGAGAAACUGAGGACAGAAGUAUCCAACACCUGUCACCUCACCUGCGUACUUCAGCUGGAACUGAGUAUUCAUGAUCACUACAGGGAGCUGACAAACAGCAUCUCCAGCCUGCAGCAGCUGUGCUGCCUUCAUCCGUAUCAUCCGUGGCACUGGCUGAAUCUGGCCAUGAGCUUCCAGAGACUCCUGGAGUCUGAGAGCUGUCCCGAGAGAUCCAGCACUGAGGAAGAACACGAAAAGCAGCAGGGGACAAAUAACAAUUUAGCACUAAAGACAUUCAUGUGCUUGAUUAGAACAAGGCUGCUAAUUGAAAUCCUGCAGAUUCAGCAGUUCUCAUUUGUGCUGGAGAACAGUCAGAGGGCUCUACAAGACAUUGAGGAAGCUCUACAUGCUCUUCAGCCAACGGAAAAGAUGAUUCAAACAAUCUCUGAGGUGAUGGCAGAAGACCUCAAUCCGGAGAAGAUGAGGGAGGAAAGCCAAGAUGGAGAGAGUUUAUCAGGCCUUUAUAUUAAAGACUUUGAUGACAGAUGGUGGAACAAACUCCACACUAAACUGCAGGAAGAGACGGCAGCUUGAUCCACACAGAAAAGCUGAAGGAGACAUAUGAAUGAUAUGGAUAUUGUGAUUGUCCUUUUAUAAAUGAAUAUUUUAUUGGAGUUACAUGCUUUUACUGUUACAAAGCAGAAUAAAGUUGAACUUUUUAAAAUAAAUAAA